UCAGUUGCCUUUGGACCGUCGAUUGGAUAAGACGUAGUGAAACGAACUCGCUUUAGGGGAACAAGGAAGUAGUGUCUGUUUUUGUGAUGUGUUGCUAGAUCCUUCUAAAAGUGUGUAUAUGCUUAUUGUCUCAGCAAAGCGAAUACCAAUUUGUAGUGAAGUAGUGAUUUGUAGAUAGUAUUAUAAUUAACGGAUUUAAAAACAAAUCGAUGGAUUUUUUAAGUUCAAGGAUGAUACAUACUUAUAAAAUAUUCAAAUAUCGAUUAAAUGAGUAAAACGAAUGAACAUAGCUAAAAGGAUAAAAAAUAACUGAAAAAUAUUCACAAAACUGUUUUACUGACAUGUGACUGAUGUCCAAAAAGAAUAGCAAUUAACUUUUCAAUUUGCGGUUAAUCGGAUACCCUGUCGGUCUAUUAAAGGUGCUUUCAUUGGACACAUAACGGUUAAAAUAUUUAAGAAUCCUACUCAAUCAUAGGCUGUCUACAAGUGUGUUGAGUCACAUUGUCCGCUGGUCCGAAUGUUCUGGUGGAAAUAAUUACAUUUAGAGUGAUCUAAGCCUCAUUCAUUUAGAAUAAAAUGGCUCAUCAAAUGAAGCUCAACGUAUUCCUAAACGUAGCCUUUCUCCUCCUAACUAAAUCGCUGGGGGAAAACACUACAACGAUAAUCGCCUCGUCAACCCAAAGCUCGAUGGAGACCACCCAAACGACCACAGCACAACUGCAAUCAUCAACCCUCCAACAGCAGCAGCAAGUGCUCACAUCAACCCAGUCUUUAUUCGGCUAUGCGACAGAGGUACAAUCAUCAUCAACCGGAGUAACCUCAAUGUCCAGCCCUGGUUCAACUAUGGUAUCCACACUGUCUACAUCUUCGCCACAAUACAUAUCAAACUAUUCGACGAUAUCGCAGCUGCCGACGUAUCCAUCUCUACCAAUGACAACUAGGCAGGAUUCAUUGGAUCCGCUUCCAGUAGAUGUUGAAAUUGGUUCUGGAGGACCAGAUCAGAAGGAGAGUCUCGGCAUACAGAAGGCGGUUGACUGGCUACGAGAAAGAAGAUUGCCCGACUACAGUUGGGGUAACGAUACGCACAUGGUCAUUCUAGCGAAAGAACUGUCCGGAGCCCGCGAUCCAACUGAUAACGAUAAUCACUUACAAGAGAUAUCUGACUUGGAGGAUAUGUUGUCAGUUAAGCAGAUGGAAAUCGAGGUGUUGACAAUGGUAGAUCGUCAUCAUUCUAUGCCGAAGCCAGUGAACACGGAUAGAGUGGCCAAGUACAUCCUAGCGAUGGGGGCUCUAUGCAAGGACGGGCGUCAUUUCCAUGGCCAUGAUCUAGUGGCAACGUUAGAGCAUCAUGAACAUGAUCCAGGUCAAGAGUACGAGUUUGCAUUAACGGCCUUAGCUAUAUGUAGUUCAGCAACACAUGUACGGAAACGACAAAUCCGACGGCUUUUGGAUGUUGCCAGUGGAGAGGUCAACAAUGUGGACACUAUUGCUAUGGUUUUGCUAGCACUGAGGUGUAUAGUAACCGAUCAUCGACAUCGACAUCUGCAGCAUUUUGUACGACGACCAGCUCAGGGUUUAGCAAGUCUGCAAGGACCGCAAGGUAGCUUUGGAUCUCUACGGAGUACUGCUCUUGCUAUGCAAGCUCUCCAAGACCUCGAGCCGGAUCCGGCUGGAAAAUGGAACAGAACGGCUGCUUCAGAGUGGCUACUUUCUAAACAACGUCCUGAUGGUGGCUGGACGGAGGAACCACUGAAGGAUGGACAAGAAGCGUCUAUUGGAGUCGGGCUCACAGCAGACAUCAUUCUCGCUUUGGGAUGGAAGGGGUUGGGUGCGGUGCGGGCUCUGCAGUGUGACCACGUGAUACGAGAAUCAAAUGAUAUUUACGAAAACGGAGAGCCCAAGCUGGCCGUUCCGGUCGGUUUAACAUCGUCUGUAGAGGAAGCAGAACCACGGAAUGUUUCCUAUACCUACACACUAUGGGUUGGUACCAACGAAACCGAGGAAUAUUCCUUAGAUUUAACGUCCCCGAAAAAUACCACCUUUUUCCGAGCGAUGAAGCAAGCUGCUGAAAUAGAUUCCAGGUUUACUUUCGAAGCACGGGAAUGGCCCAAUGGGCAUUACGUGCAUACGCUGGCCGGAAUGAAAGAGGAACCGAAAAGCUAUCACUACUGGCUGCUGUAUCGAUUGCCAGAGAAGCCGGAUGCGAAAAGUCCACCUGGUAAUCAGUUGAUUGCUCCACUAGGUGUUGAUGAACUUCUAGUCGAGGACGGCGAACAUUACCUCUAUUGGUAUAAAAAACUAUAAAGCACUUUCCCAAAGCUUUCCGGCAGUGUGCUUCCGUCUCAGAAGUGGUCUAUGCGGAAAUACAUAACCACCCUGAAUGCAAAGAAAUCACUGAGGCGGAUUCAUCUAUAUUAACAAAAACGGAAAUGUUCUAUUCGGGCAGACCGGGAGUAGCAUGCUUGCAAAAAAUACAACGCGGAUUGGACAAGGCGAAAGAAACAAUGGUAUUAGGGAACACAAAGUCGAGAUAAGCUUGAGCGAUAACAGGAGUGACUGAAAAAAGUAAAAACCAUCAUUACGGGAAGUGUCCAGUAGAAAAUUUAUUCGUUAACACCCGCUUUCUACCGUUUAUGUGAAACAACAAAGCAAGUGUAUGCAUUUAAAUAUCAAAAGAGAGAAGCUGCAAGCCACUAUCUUCCAAUCUCAUUACUCGACAACCAGAUGGAAGCUCAUAAUAGGACCUAACACAGUAGGGAAGGGGUGAUAACUAUUUAAAACAUCUAUUUUCCUAUGUUUAUAGCAUCCCGUCCCAUUCAACGGUACGAUAAUACAGCUCAUUCGUAGGGGUUACAGAUUGCUCGUUGCUUAAUUUUUUUCGUGCUGUUGGACCACAACCACAAGAAUAUUGCUCAAACUCAACUUUUUUGUAUUUAUAGAAAUUACAAUUAUCAUUCUUUCGACAUGAGAUAAAAUUUGUUAUCAAAUCAAAUUCAAUAUUUACUAGUGAUAAUAUAAAGAGUAGUGACCAUUUGAUCGAACACAAUUGCAUUUAACUAAAACACUAUCCAGGAUUUAUGCGCUGUAAUGGCUACAAAUUAAAUCUUGUUUGUAAAAUUGCAUGUUUCGAGCCGCAUACUACUAACAGGGUCUUUAUAAUAAUUUAUUUAUUUGAACACAACGUGCAUUUAAUAGUUUGCAAUAUGUUGUAUUAGAAAACUGCCAAUAUCACAUUUUCGCUGGACUAAGGACGCAUCGAUUGACACAGGUCGAAUCCGUCUUACGCAGGAAAAGUUGGCGUGAACGACUAUUUUGAAACUAAUAAGGCUUGUCCGCGACAGAAUCUGAACAUCUUAAAAGGAAUAGAUCUCUUUAAAUAUUCAACGAAAAAUUGAAAUGUUUCUCACAAAUAUGGCCGUAUGUUCGUUCUAUCCAAAAAUACACAAUUCUUUAAUGUGUAAAAAGGGCUUUCAAAAAUACCGUCGAAAGAAGUGCGUCUUAGAAAAGUUAUCUCAUCACGAGAGCUCAAUUUAGCAUGAUAGGACGUAUCUCCGGAGAGUUCGGUGGAUUUGGCUAUUUCGAUGAAAUAAAUACAUUAUUUGCUUCUAAAUAUGCAAAACAUCACUGAUUUAGUGAGAAAAUGCCAAAUCUGACUAAAACAGAAAGAGUACAUUAUGGCUGCACUAAAAUCGUUUCUGUAAAUAAUCUUCCUAAUUGAUAUUCCACCACUGUUGAAGAUGGCCGACCAAACCAAAUAUUUCUUGGGAAACUAAGUCUAAGUCUAUCUCUUAGAAUUAGUUUGUUACCUCAUCUCGUUUCAUAGCAGUAUAGAAAAACAGAUCAUGAGGCUAGUUGAAGUCUUCUACGACCUAAUUUUUGUCAUCCACUAACACAUAGGUAAAUUUGAUCAAAUAUCCACGAAAAAUUGCCAUAUCUGUGAGAAAUAUUUCAUUUUUUGAUUGAAUAUUUCAUGACAUCUAUGUGUUUUUAGGUGGCGAACAAGCUUUUGAUAUUAACGUAUGAUGCUAAUUCAUUGCAGCUUUCUAUCCAUCAUACCAAAUUGAAGGCAUUAGUUAAUGCAGUGUCUGCUAUCUCUGAUCAACACAUUGACUCAAAUGUUAAAUGGCCUGCGUUUAGUCAAACCGAACUGAGCGCCACAUUUUUUCAAGCAUUUUUAAUGAUAACCUGCCAUUAACAUAGUAAGUUAAGGAACACUUAUUUACUUUAGUUUACUAUUUGUGCUCCCAAAAAUAAAUAGAUGGGGGUGUUGUUGGUGCUAUCUUGGAUGUGAUAGCGUUUUUGGAGCAAUAUAUUUCAAAAUAGCACUUGAUUUUCUGUGACUUAACACAGAUCAUGGUAAUUAUAAAUAUAGGUUUCAUUGAUUCUUGAUACCACAUUAUUUCAUAAGCUCGCGCAGAUUAAAGUGGCGCGGUCACGUGGAUUCAACUGACAGUAAAUUGUUGUUUUGCUUAAAAAUAAAUAACGCCACAAUAAGCAACGCUAUAACAAUAAGUAACGCAAGCUCAAACCCCCAUCCGCUUUUCAUGCGUUACAUAAUGGUCCUUAGAUCGAUCGUCGAAGUAAUCAGCAAUUUUGAUUUUAUGUGAGAAAGGUCACGUAGAUGGAGUGAGUCACACACCGUGCAAAAUAAAGGUGAUGACGCAAAUAGCAUGAAAAUGGAAAUUAAUGAAACCAAAAAAAUGCAAAUUGCAUUGUUUCGAAAAAUAAUUACAUUUGUGGUGUGUUCUUGCAUCCAAUAGGGUGGAGACAUCAUUGUUAUCAUUAUUCUUCUUUUUCCUGAGAAGAGUGAUUAAAAGUACAACUUUUACAACUUGGAAUAUUUUGAGAUUUUCUUAAUUUUAUCGAAUCAUGGCGGGAUGAUCCCACUAACUACAAACCACUCUCGCCUACUGCAACUCAGCCAAUGAUAUGCCCUUCGUAAUGCAAAGUUGAAUUAAAGAAAACGAAAAAUAAGCAAAUGUACACAUUCCGAUACAGUUAUAAUGUGAUCAAAGGAAAUUUAUUUUUAAGCAUCAAUAAAGACAAUAAUUUACGCAUUGUAUGAAGACAACAACAAGAGUAUUAAGUGAUUGUAAAAGUGGAAAACUAAAUACAUCAAUGUAGAUUAAAUGCGAGACAUACAUACAUACAAGUUAUUCACUUAAAAAUAGCAUAAACAAUAUGGAGAAAACAAACCGCUUGUCAAGCUAAAUAUAUACUUUUAAAAGGUUAUGUAAACAUUUAAGGUACAAUGAUGAGUAAUAAAUCUGUUUCUUUGGAUUGAAGCAACAAUACCUGUCACUCAAAAUAAAUACUGGAUGAACCCUAUUACGUUGUAGACCAUCUUAGCACACAUAACUUAGUGUUCGCAAAAACUAUUCUAUGCUAUCCGCGAAACUAGCAUUUACCAUGUAACAUUUUUUAAGAUCGAUAAACUUAGUUUCUUAGUUUGUAAUAGAUAUCAGGUAGAUUUUGCCAAAUUAGGCGUCCAACCAGUCUGUAGUAGCAAUAGUUGUUCCUCUUCAGCUGUUAUUGUUUAUCAUAUGAAAAAAUUGUUUGAUAACUUGCGCGUUCAACUACUUUUAACUGGAGAUGAUUACAGUUAUUUGAACAAAUGUAACACAUGGGUCCACCGAGCAGUGCUAGCUGGCAAAAAAACCUCAAACUAGCGAAAUAGAUUAUAUCACCUUCUAAAUAAUAUGCAAAAAAUCUCAGUAAACAUAUAUUGAAAACUUCUACGAAUAUUCUGUCGUACUAUAAAGCAAUGACAGCUCUGAAGAGCAGCUCUAUCUGAAUUUAGUUUGAAAAUAAAAAAAUCUUAUUUCAAAUCAGUAGCGUACAAUAAUUAUGCAAUUGUCGAAAUCGGUCGAAGAUUGAAGUAUUUUUUUUUCUCAUUUUAUAUAAUUGUCAUUUUUUAAUUUUAUGAAAUUUGUAACUGAUGAACAACAAUGACAGCUUAUUUGUUGAAUUAUUUAGUUAUAACAUCGGACGUGUUUUCAUUUCUAAUGAGCUUAAAUUGGCACUCUAUACCAUCGAUAACCAUGACACUAGAAUUUCAAUUGUAGAGUUGAUUCGUUUAAUGAUUUACACAGAAGCAUUAUAUACAUUUCAUGCAAGACUAAUAUAUUUUCUUAUAUAAUAGGAAAAGGUAAAAUUAUUACUGGUGGAUUAAAUAAAUGAAAAUGAAUUA